AUGCAGUUUUCAAAGGGAUUUUUGACUUUAUACUUAAACUUGAUGUUUGGAGUGCUGCAGAAAGUAUCUGGGUAUACAAGUCAAGUGACUGGAUUCCUGAAUCAACCCAUCUAUCUCACAGUGGAAGAUACAAUGAAUUAUUCAAACUCAGUGCAAACCAUUGGCUGGAAGAUAGGAUCAGUGUGGAUAGUCCAAUACACUUCACCCGAUCCACCAAAAGUCUUUCAGCCAUUCAAGUCACGUAUAACUUACUUCGCAGGAAACAACUCGCUGUUCAUUCACCAGCUGAGUCUUCAGGAUGAAGGUCAUUACGUUAUAACAGCAUCAUUAACAUCUGGAGCAGAAUCUCAUUCAUACAUCAACCUGACGGUGCUAGUUCCAGUUUCACAGCCCAACAUUACAGUACAGAUUGAAAAAUUACCCUCUCCAACGUUGAGCAUGAACUGUACAGUCAAAAAUGGCUCUGAUCCCCAAUUCUCCUGGAUAAAGGACAACAAAAUCCUUGUGACUAACCAACAUCGAAUGUCAACUGACAACCACAGAUUACGGAUCACCAACAUGACGAGCUCAGACUGUGGAAUUUACACCUGCUUUGUCAAAAACCCAGUCAACAGAGUGGAAAAACAACAACUGAUCUCAGCCGAACAUUUCCAGGAAUGUUUGCAUCCAUUAUCUUGGGUUCGGGUUCUGGUUCUGGUCAGCACUCUGGCAGUACUUUGUGUGCUCGGAUUCCUUGCUGUUAUCUUCACGGUCAAGAGGUUCAAAGGAAGGCAGGAGGACGACGUCCAACAUGAACAACGAAAAGACAAUAUGCCUGAUGUUGGGGAGGAGUCCCAGGAUGCCCAGUACUCCAACCCGCUUCUCAAUAACACCCAUGGUAAUCAAGAGGAGGUUAAUUCCACUUACUGCAUCAUUGGAGCACUCCCCAAGAGCCCUGUUGAAACUGAGGGACACCGUUUAUUUCAUCUCUGAAUUUGAUGCUUCUCAGUUCACUGAGAAGAGCUAACUGGAGAGAGCCUGAAGUGAGGGCUUACAAAGACAAAGAGAUUUUCUGAAACUCGUUAGGCUGUCCUGUGGGGAAUGAAACU